AUGGGCCUCAAUCUCGAUUGGAGUGCCCUCGCCCCCGGUCCUGCUGGCACAGCUAUGUUAGGUGAAGGAGGUAUUGAAGGCGCUGCACGGCGCGGACUUGAACGCCGACGACGGGAGGCCCUCAUGGCUCAGGAAAAAGCGGCAAAUGAUACAACAUCAGAGGCAACAUUGGUCUGCCCGAGUACCCAAGAUACCAAGGUCGAUGCAGCUGCGGGCCUAGAUUCCCCAGCUCAUAAUGCCGAUAAGCCCACAACCUCUAUAGAUGGCCUUCCGAUCGAUGAUGCAGAGAAACCGUCUAGUACGGAAAGCUCCAGUCAGCGUAGCCUGAGGGACAGGUGGAGAGCUCUGAAAAGUACCUGGCGGUGA